GCGAGUCUGUUGUCGAGUUGACACCCUCUCCCUUACCUUGGCAGCAGCUAAGCUGCACAGUCGACAUGGCAAGAAAAUAUCGCAGCAAUUUCCUUAAAAAAGAUGAAAAACUUCCAAGUCUUUUGGAAUAAUAUUCAUCACGAGAUGUGAUCUACAAUCCACAAUGUGUGAGGACAUUUAAGAACGAUUGAGUUCGGAAGAAAAAAAAAUUGAUUCCAGUGGAAUCUUUCAUUAUAUAUAUAUAAAAUUAUUAUAUAUUUUCCUCUGUGUUUAAGCUCACUUACAUUUAUCCACACCCAUCCCGUCAACAUAUAACCAUGCCAGUGCAAGCACCACAAUGGACAGAGUUCCUGCUGUGCCCUAUCUGCACACAGACAUUUGAGGAAACUGUUCGAAGGCCCAUCAGUUUAGGCUGUGGACAUACAGUCUGCAAGAUGUGCCUGAACAAGUUGCACCGAAAGGCCUGUCCCUUUGACCAGACAGCCAUCAGCACAGACAUCGAGCAGUUACCCGUCAACACAGCUUUGUUGCAGCUGGUGGGAGGCCAGGUUCCUAAGGCUCAGCCAGUUGCUUUGAUAACAAGUCCAGAGGACUCACAACAUUAUGAGGAGGCCAGGCAGUGUGUGGAGGAGCUGGCCCUCUACCUUAAACCUCUCAGCAACACCCGAGGUGUAGGGCUGAGCAGCACCGCUCAGAGCAUGCUGAGUCGACCCAUGCAGAGGAAACUGGUUACUCUGGUCCACUGCCAACUGGUGGAAGAAGAAGGCCGUGUUAGAGCCAUGAGAGCGGCUCGCUCUCUGGGCGAGCGAACUGUCACUGAGCUCAUCUUGCAGCACCAGAAUCCACAGCAGCUCUCGUCCAACUUGUGGGCUGCUGUCCGUGCACGAGGAUGUCAGUUUCUCGGCCCAGCCAUGCAGGAAGAAGCCCUAAAGUUGGUCCUCCUUGCUCUUGAGGAUGGCUCUGCUUUGUCAAGAAAGGUGCUGGUUCUAUUUGUAGUCCAGAGGCUUGAGCCACGCUUCCCUCAGGCUUCCAAAACUAGCAUAGGCCACGUUGUGCAGCUUCUCUACAGGGCUUCCUGUUUCAAGGUUACCAAACGUGAUGAAGAUUCAUCCCUAAUGCAGCUGAAAGAGGAGUUUCGUACUUACGAGGCUCUGCGACGGGAGCACGACUCUCAGAUUGUUCAGAUUGCUAUGGAGGGCGGAUUGCGGAUUGCUCCUGACCAGUGGUCUUCUCUUUUGUAUGGGGAUCAGUCUCACAAGUCACACAUGCAGUCUAUUAUAGAUAAGCUGCAGACCCCAGCAUCUUUUGCUCAGAGUGUCCAGGAGCUGACAAUUGCGCUGCAAAGGACUGGAGACCCAGCCAACCUCAACAGGCUGCGGCCCCAUCUGGAACUUUUGGCCAACAUUGAUCCCAGUCCCGAUGCUCCUCCUCCUACAUGGGAGCAGCUUGAGAAGGGGUUGGUAGCAGUGAAAACAGUGGUACAUGGCCUGGUGGACUUUAUCCAGAACCAUAGCAAGAAAGGAGCCGAUCCUCAACAGCCUCCUCAGCACAGCAAAUACAAGACUUACAUGUGUCGUGACAUGAAGCAGAAGGGAGGCUGUCCUCGUGGAGCCAGCUGCACCUUUGCACACUCUCAGGAAGAACUAGAGAAGUAUCGUAAGAUGAACAAGCGUCUGGCAGCUCGCCUCCCUGGCUCAGGAGGACUCUUGUCAGACGAUCCUCUCGAUGUAGCAGUGACCCGAAAGCCUUCACCCUUGGCCAAUGGGACUGGUGGAUCCUCUUUGCCCACGCUCAUUGCUCGUGGCACCGACCCAGUCUCAUAUGAACUGCCGCGUAAAUCUGUUAAGAUGGACGGAGGGAGUCCCAGUGCCCCAGGAUCACCUCCUGAUGUCCUGGACACUGUGGCCAAACAUGGCAUGACUCUGCCACCUCAUGCCCUAGCCCACUCCAGGAUUUCAGCAGAUAACCUGUCAGUGGUUCCCAGAGGAUCACCAGUGUACCCCCAGCAACAGCUCGCUGAGAUGUACGGUGACACUCGUCCACCACCUUCUGCCUCUCAGUAUGAGCCCCAACCAUAUUCUGCAGGUUACCCCUACCAGCAGCCACCACAGUAUGUUCCAAGAGAUUACAUCCGUAACCCUCCUCCGCAUAGUGAGUCAGGACCCCCUUACCCGGAUCCUUACCCUGGUUAUGGCCCUCCAGAACGAACCUACCAGGCCCCUCACUCUGGUCAACAAUUCUCCUACCCUCAUCCUUCACACUAUGACAGAGGUCGCCAUAUGCCCUACAGUGGUCCACCACCUCCCCCACAGCCUUACCCAUCUCAAAGGGAAGGCUUGGUCAGAAUGAGUCCAGCACCUCUAGAUGUGCCCCCACCAUCAACAGGGCAUUCCAACUCUGUUUACCACCCAGAGCCCAGUACCCGGGAUAGAUAUGCAGCAGAUGGCUACUAUCCACCAGGUGCUCAACCUAUGAAUAUGAGGCCCUAUGUGAGGGGGCCAUCAUGUAGUGGUCCUCAAGCCAGCCUGGACUAUCUGCAUCGACGCCGGCAGGAGCUGUUAUCCCAGCUGGAGGAAAGGAAGGUCAUUUCGCCUCCACCUUUUGCUGCUUCACCCACUCUUACACAUCCCUUCCCCAACGACUACCCUCCUGAUUAUGACGAGGACAACUCCAAAGCAAUUCCAAAAAUCAGACUAGCCAACUAUACGGGGCAAUACUCUCCCUGGUCUUGUGAAACUAUUGGCUCAUACAUUGGCACAAAAGAUCCCAAACCCAAAGAUGUUAUGGUUCCUCCUCCUGUGGAGAUGAUGAAUGUGGAUGCUAAAGGCCUGAGAGAACCGUCGUUGGAGGCCCCUCGGAAGGGCACAGAAGUAAAGGAUGAUGACCCCAUUAUUCCAUUUGGUACCCUGCCCACUGUGUCGCGCUUUGGGGCCAUCUCUCGCACCUCAAAGACAGGCUAUCAGACCACUGGACCUGUACAGGCCAUGGCCUCCACUCCCCAGAACCCAAAUUCUAAACACAUGGCCAUGCCAGAAUACACAUAUGGAAGCCAUGGAGGAUGGGGUGGAACUUCAUACCCCACCCACCAGAAUGCCUCCUCCUCUCAGGGACAUUUUAGUGAGCGUCUACCCAUGGCAGCCUCAGACAGAGAGCAGUUAAAGAUUGAGCUACAGCAGGUGAACCAGCAGAUCAGCCAACAGACACAGAUGCACAGCAUGGAGGCUGCCAGUAAUUCUUUACUCCUGCAGAGGGAGGCCAGUGCAUUGGCCACUCACCCUGGCCAGGGCCAGGCAGCAGUAGCCUCACAACAGCAACAACCCAAGUGGCCAUCAGGGGGAGCAAGUGCAACAGCUGUCUCCAGUGAACAGCUUAGCCUGGAGCUUCACCAGGUCGAGAAAGAGAUCGGCAAAAGGACCCGUGAGAUGGCUAUGGAAAACCAGGUGGUCCAUGAUGUUCAGCAGUACAAGAUGAAACCUGCUGAGAAUGGACAGCCAGAGCAUAAGACUCCACUGGAAGAAAUCUCCUUGGCGCUUGCUGAGGUGUCAAAUGGCUCCAGCAGUCUGCCGGAAAGUGCAGUGGGCGGGUCCAUGCUGUCACUGACGAAUAAAGCAUCUGCAUUGAGCUUAUGUUCAGAUCCAGGUGUCACUGGUUCAGAGAUGCAGAAGAAUGGUGUUGUCCAUUCCUGCUCUUAGGAAGUACACAUUUACACACAUUCAAAAGCAUGCACAGGCACACAUACACCCAUUCUAUUUAGAAGAUGAGCAGUAUCUGCCGUGAUGAAUUUUCUUUCUUUUUGUUCUGUGAAUGAGCUUUUUUUUUUUAAUGACUUUCCUUGCCUGGAAACCAGGGCAUAUGAUAACAUUUCUUGUGUGUGUUAUUUUUUUUUUUUGUACUGGGUUUAGAUUAACAAGGCUCACAGUAGAUUCAGGAAGAGAAAAUGGUGGUGACGUUGACAGUGUCAUUACAACUUUAUUUAAAAAGUAUAUGCAUAUUCAACCUCAACGGUAAAAUAAUAGCAAAGUAUUUGAUCCUCCUGGAGAAGAAUGAUGGGUUAGUUGAAUGGUUAGGCAAAUAGGAGCACCUUGUAACAUCGCAUACACUCUGUACGAUCUGGUUUAUGAUUGAAGAUUGCAGAAAUGUCACUCUUGGUACUCGCCCCCCAAAAUCGUAAGAAAAAAACAAAAAAAGAGGUUGCCCAGAUCUGGAUGUCUGAGAAGGGAAAAGCACUUCAAUAUUCCACCUGGAUUCAGCCAAAAUGGGCAUGCAGGGUGUUUUUAAAAAUGCAGUGUUACACCACAUGCACUUCCACACCUGCCAUGAGAAGUAUGAUUUUUAUUAUUGCAUUUUAUGAACACAUGUGUCUGUUUCAUAUUUGAAAGCAGUAUAUAAUAUAUUUAAUUGGAGCAUUCUGUUUUAAAGAUUGCAGUAAGUCUUUGAUAAUGAGCUUUCCGUGUUUUCUAUAAGGGAACCUACUAAGUGCUUCUCUUGAUUUAUUUUUAUUUGUUUUUUAUGUGACCCUGAUGUGAUUUGGUUGCCUUUCACCUGUGCUCCUGACUGUCUGCUGCAUUCAGUUCUGGCAAAAUUGUUGUGAGCUUGUGCAUGCAGGUUACCAGACGGAGAUGGUGCACCUUUCUGUAUCAGGAGUCACUUGAACGACUGUGAAGUUGACCUUAAAACAUCAAGGCAAAUAAGGGAUUUCCCUCCUCAGAGAUUCUCAUCUGGCCACACAAAAGGCCUCCCCAUUGGGAUUAUCUUGUCAUUUGUUCUCCUAACUUCUAUGAAGUUGCCUUCCCUUGUGUAUGUUUUGUUAAAUUUUUGUCUUACUUUUUUCUUGCUUUACAUUGUUACGAUUUUGGGCGAUGAUGCUUACCUUGUGAAGGUUUUAUCCAGCUUAGUUGAAGACACACUCUCCUCUCCGUCAUGAAAUGGCUAUAAUUGGCAGUGAGUCCAGAAAGGUUGCUGUUGUAGCGUUCUUGGCUGCAUUAGUACAUUUGAAAUCAUGUUUACAGCUGAAGAAAGCAGUGUUAUUUACUGAGGAGUGGCUGGAAACCUUCAGGAACGGCUGUGCUUCGAUCAGAUUAAUAAAUUCAUUCACCUCGCAUUGAGUGUAUUUGAGUGUCUUUGCUGACUGGUGCGAUAUACAGCUCACUUGGUCACAUUUUUUUUGUUCACAACCUGCUGUCAUCAUCACCAUCAUUAGAACCAUUAUUGCUCUUUCUCCAUCAUAUAAAUUGUUUACUGCUGAUGCUCAAUAGAGAGCUCGUUGCCUUUUUGUAAACAGUUAGCAUGAUUGGCAAAAGUUUUACUGCUCUGCUGACAACGGGUGAGUUCUUGUUCUUGAACGGUUAAAGCAUGGAGGAGACUCUGUGGGUCGAGUUGUUUUAGUUUAACAUCAAACCUUUGCUUUCACAUGAGGAAUACUGAGAAACUGGCACAUUGGUGACACCGGAUGAGUCAAUUAUUUUAAGGCACAAAUGUUUUUGUGUUGUGCAACAUCCUCAUCUUGGCUGUUCAGUGGGUAUCUUUUCCAGUUUGUCAGCACCACGACGGCAAAAGGGUUUUUUUUAUUUUUGUUUUUUUUUUAGUUUUCCAACCACACUUAAAGCCUCUGGCUGCUCCUUGCUACAUUUAUUGUUUAGGUACACAGCUCACUUAUACAUAUGAGUAUGUAUCCAUACAUUAAUAUACUAAAGCACUAUUAACGUGCCACCUCUUAUCCUACUCGCUCAGCAUUUAUAUUAAAUGAUCUCUACUUAGAAUCAGCAAAAUGUUUUUGUUUUUUGGUUUUUUAAAAUUUGUUUUCGGUCCACUGGUUGCCAACACAGACUUUAUCCUUUCCCAGACGAAGGACUUCUGUGUGAAUUGAUGUGUGUUCACUUAAAUCUUUUGUGUUCAAACAAAGAUUAGACUAUGCUUCCGAUGAAGACAAAAUUCAUAACUUUGGAAAAUUUAUGGAGAUGUUUUGUGUGUGUGCUAGAUUGUAUUGUAGAUGUACCCUGGAUAAGUUGUUUAUUGUUGUUCUCCCCCUUCAUUGUGCUGUACCGAGUGAUAGAGUUGAGGUGUUAGGAAAGUUUUGGGGUUUAGCCCACCAUUGCCCCCAAGAGAAUUAGCAAGAAGUCUUUGAUGAAAGGUUAGCCUCAAGUCUUCAUCUCCGCGCUCCUUUACUUUUUUUUUUUUUUUUUUAGGAGCUAAUUAACACUGAAUUGGCAUGAUGGACUCAGACCUUGGUCCCACCACCCAGAAAAUGCAAUGAUACAAGAAUCUAAAUCUGUCAAGAUUUGAUUAGCUUUGUUGGGUUGUUGUUUUUUUUUUUUAAAGAAUGUUGACUUGGCUUUUUGUAGAUUUUUUUUUUUCUUGGCAUUAGUUGAGUGAAUUUAUUGACAUGAAAGUCUUAGUCAACACCUGACCUGAAGUGUGCAGCUUUAUGAGCACUUGGUGACAUUCACACUUUGUUUUUUUUGUGUGUGUGUGUGUGUGUUUUCUAAUUUUUAUUUGUUUUUUGGGGGGGGCAGUUCUUUUUACAACUAUUCGCAAGAAAUAGGGCCAUCAGCUUAAUAAAAAAAAAAAAAAAAAAAAAAACAGGGAACGGAGUUAGUCGGUAAUUGGCUAAGGAUUUAAUGGUGUUAAUUCAGUAUUUUGUUUCUUACAGAAGUUGAUGAAAUUUCCCACAGUGCUGAUCCUGCCAAACGGGUCGCUGCAGGUCUGAAUGAGCCGAAAUGACUUUAGCUUUGCAAAAACUGGCAUACCGUGAUGUAUGGGGUGUUUUAUUAUACAGCGAAUAGCAAAGACGUUAAUUUCAAUAUUCGGUGUGUUUUUUGUUUCUGAGUGGAACCGCUGCCUAUACCCCAUAUUUGCAUAACCAGUUAAACCCCUCCUCUACCACCCUUGACCACUGAACUCUGUUACUGCUGUUUGAGGCUCACAUUUUAUUCCCGGACUUUCUGGGGAAAUUCGCAAAUGGCUUUUUUAUAUAAUUACUCCCGUGUAAAAUAUCUCUUAAAUUAAGGUACAGGUUUGAUUUCAGCAAGAAAAAAAUUUUUUUAUAUGUAUAUUAUACUCCAUUAAGGAAUGUCUAGAAUUAUCUUCCUCCAAUGUGGAUGUAGCCAUUAUUACGCCAUUUUAUGACUUUGUAAGAGAAUUCACUGUGUGAAAAUUGGUUUGCAUUUUUGUAUAAUACAAUCUGCUUUUUUUUCUUUUUUUUGAUAUGAGAGGGAGGUCAAACUGGAAGUUUGAAGAGGAAAACAAGAACCUGUGAAAUUGAGAAAACAAAAUGUAACUUAUGUACAACAGUGAUUCUAAGCUGAGGGAGAAAGAAUAAAUGAUAUUG